AUGCAAAGUGCGAACGAAGCCCCCACUUCAAGGAAAAGGCAAAACCCAAACCGGUGCAGGCCCAAGUCCAAAGGAGGUUGUUUGAGGUGUAAGCAGCGGCGACGUCGAUGCGAUGAGACGAAGCCAAGUUGUCAAGAAUGUUCCAAGAAAGGACACACAUGCCCUGGAUAUGAAAAGCAAAAUUUAAAGUGGCGCUAUGUCUUCAAAGAUGACAACCCUGAAACAGCUCAGUCAGCUUCCCCGACUGAGACCCCCAAAUCAUUAGCGACCGAUUCUUUUGAGACGACUCAUCUAGCCCAGGAGUCUGAGUGGAAAGUCUUUCCUCAUGAAAGCGAACACCAACAGGAUAUCGCUGGAUCUACUGCCUUGGGCCAAUUACCAGAUAUUGAAGAUCCAACGAACAUCUGGUUCAACCUCGAGUCCGGAUUGCCUGGCAUGGAAAUGGAUAAUGAUGAUGAACAGAACAGUUUGUCGAUCCUGCGCAAACAACUAUCAGAUACAUCGAUUCCAUCGUUCCUGAUCCAGCUCCCAGCGAUGCUGGUUGAGUAUUAUUUCCGUACUGUUUGCAACCAAUGGUCAUCCUUUGACUGUCCACUCAAUCCAUUUCGAACAAUUAUCAGCCGACUCUGGAGUCGAAAUGCAGCUAUUUACUUUACCAUACAAAGUAUGUCGGCCGCAUCACUGGCUAACGACUUUCCAAGUAUGAGGGCUAUUGGGAGACAAACUCAGCAACAAGCGAUUGUUUGCCUACAGAAUAGCAUGCGAGGAAGAUCAGCUCGUAUGGGCGACGAUGAGUUCUUUCUGGCGCUCUUGAUGUUGGGAUCUACCACAGGAUGGCACGAUCCAUCUGAUCUAGGGUUGUCAUAUUUGAAAGCAGCCCAAGAACAUCUUCUGAGACAGAAACAUCGAAGUAAAAGUCCAAAUUUUGGCGUAGCAAAGCAGUACCCUCUUUUCAAGCAGUGUCUGCUGUAUUGGAACUUGCUGGCAGCGUUCGUGGCUGAAGAUUCGCCCAUUCUGAAUGAAGACAGCCCCACAGAGAAUAGCGACUCAGAUUUGUCAAUCUAUCUUGUUGAUGGGCAGGCAAUUCCUCAUCCAUGGACGGGCUCACUCACCUACGCAUUGAGUCUAUUCUAUCGGACUGCAAGAAUUAUUCGAACCUCAAAGACGUCGCACCGAAGACAAGCACAGGCAGUAGAUCCUACCGUGGUCGAUUUCAGCUGCUUGGCUGAAGAACUCGAUCUCAGACAGAGGGCAGAGGAGCUCGAACAUAGUAUCCUCUUUUCUGGGUUCUCAUUCUACUGCGGUCCGGUCGAUAUCGGCGAUACAAACACACCUCCAUCACAUUUCCUUACUUUAGCCGAAGCAUAUCGCUGCGCGGCGCUGUUACAGAUUUACCAUGUAUUCCCGGAAAUUUUGGAAGAAAGGCUUCGCACCAACCACGACUCAGAUAGUGAAUCUUCGAUUCCAGCUCUGUUUCUGUUACUAUUCCCAAUUACCGCGGACUGGUUAUUGCUCUCAAUCGAAGACACAAGACAUUCCUUGGCACUGCACGUUGUCUCUCUUUUGGACCAACUCCCUUCGACAUCUGGGACCAAGGUUAUGCAGCCAGUGAUCCUGGCUUGCAUAUCCAGUGAUCUUGUGUUUUCGUCUGGCUCUGUCUUGGGCCCCGCAGCAAAUGCAAUUCCUAAUUUGAAUACUCUGGAUGUUGAUAUCGCUCAAGCCAGGCGAAAAGUAAAAAUGAAAUUGUCUGAGCUCACGAUAAUCCUCCCAAAGCUGCCGAUGCAACGGAUUUCCAAUGUGAUACACGAGACCUGGGAUCGCGCCGACUCUGGAUUGGAGGAGUUUUGGCUGGAUGUUAUGUUGGAUUUGAAUUUGGAGACCAUAAUGGGAUAA